AAUAUCGGGGUGAGCGGGACGUCACGGACGCCUCGCGCGGUAGCGCCCGGUCUCGGCUGUCGUGCUCCGCGCCGCGCCGUGUCGUGACGUGACCGUGAGCGUGUUCGUGUCGUGGUGUCGUGAAGUUAGCCGGAGUGCCCGUAUACCCCGUCCGUCCGUCCGCGUCGCGCCAAGGACGGCGCUCGCCUCUCGUCCGGGGUCUCCCGCGUCAUCGCCGUCGUCGUCCCUCGCGUUCGUCCUCGCGCGGCCUUCUCGUCGUUCGUUCCACCGGCGCACCGGGGCUGCAGGAGAGACAGAGACAGAGAGAGAGAGACCCCGACCCUCGCGCGCGGAUCCGCCGGGCGGGCAUCGUCGAGGGAGGAAUUUCGCCGUGAACGUCGUCGACUGCUGGCUCGACUCGUGACAGCGGGACAGUAUGGCGGGACAGACGAUCAACGACAGGCUGCUGGCCGCGAGGCACAGCAUCGCCGGCCAGGGCCUCGCCAAGUCCGUCUGCAAGGCCACCACGGAGGAGAUGAUCGGCCCCAAGAAGAAGCAUCUCGACUAUCUGAUCCAUUGCACCAAUGAACCGAACGUCUCCAUACCGCAGCUCGCUAAUCUCUUGAUAGAACGCUCGCAGAACACAAACUGGACGGUGGUCUUUAAGGCCCUGAUCACCGUGCACCACAUGAUGUGUUAUGGCAACGAGAGGUUCACGCAGUAUCUUGCAUCCAGCAACAGCACAUUUCAGCUUAACAAUUUCCUCGACAAGAGCGGCGUACAAGCAGGAAUACGCGUGGGAUAUGACAUGUCACCCUUCAUCAGGCGCUACGCUAAAUACCUCAACGAGAAGGCUCUUUCCUACAGGACGGUAGCGUUCGACUUUUGCAAAGUGAAAAGAGGGAAGGAGGACGGCACUCUACGCACAAUGAACGCCGAGAAACUCCUGAAAACUUUGCCGGUACUGCAGUCGCAACUCGACGCACUGCUGGAAUUCGAUUGCACGGCUAACGACCUCACGAAUGGCGUCAUAAACAUGGCCUUCAUGCUCCUCUUUCGAGAUCUUAUCCGGUUAUUCGCCUGCUAUAAUGACGGCAUCAUUAAUCUGUUAGAGAAAUAUUUCGACAUGAACAAGAAACAAUGUCGGGACGCUUUAGAUCUUUACAAGAAGUUCCUCAUACGCAUGGACAGGGUCGGGGAAUUUUUGAAAGUCGCGGAAAACGUUGGCAUCGACAAAGGGGACAUACCGGAUCUGACAAAGGCACCGAGCAGUUUAUUGGAUGCCUUGGAGCAACAUCUCGCUUCCCUGGAAGGAAAGAAGGGCUCCGCCGCGAACACGCCAACGCAGUCAGCAAGCAAUAGAACCAAUGUAAAGUCGGGAGUGUCCGCCCUGUCUUCCACCAGUACCGCGUUCGGAACAGCAGCCAGUAAUGCGCGGCUCGAGCAAACCGGGAACGGCCACAUCGACGAGGCGUUGCGACAGCAAGCUCUCGCGGAAGAGGAAGCCGCCAUGAAUCAAUACAAGGCAAAAGUACAGUCGCCAUCCAGCACUAGCACGAAUCCCUUCCUCAGUUCGCCGACCAAUAACGCUAACCAACCGAUCGUGGACUUGUUCGGUGCGACAUCAGCCGACGGCCAGUCUCAGAAGGCGUCGGACGAUCUGCUGCAACUGGCGGGCAAUCCGUUCGCGACCAUAUUCGGGGGGCAACCACAACCGGCCGCGGCAGCCGCGCAACCCGCCGCCCAGAUGCAGAACAACAUGUGGAUGACCAACGGUACUGGUUUCGCGCCAACUGCGCCACCGGCAAAUAAUAACUUUGUUACAGAUAAUAGUUUUUCCUCCGUAUUCGGAAAUCAAGAUCAGCAAUCCACUGGCGCCCCAGGAACGGCCGCGUCCGUACCUAAUCCCUUCAUGUCCGAUUUCCCGUCCCUCGGUACCACCGGAGGUCAACAAGCGACGAACGCGGGCGCGUUCGGGCUCUUCGAUCAGAGUGCCGGCGGCGUUGUUGGCGGUGAAUCGGCGCAGGUGGCGCAAACGGGAACGGCGCCGGCCGGAGGAGACCUUUUCAGUGCCGGACAGGCGGAUCUCUUCGGGGGUGACGGGUCCGCCGCCGCUGCCGCCGCGAUGAUGAGGACCCCCGCGAACAGCGGCGACGGGGAUGCUGCGGCGGCCGAGGUGGUGGCGUCGGCGGCACCGCCCGCCGCCGGCAAGACAUCGUCCACGGCUACGCCGCCACCUAGACCACCGCCACCCGCGACCGCCGUUGCCGCCGCGAACGGUGCCGCACCGCGUGCUAUGUCUCCGACCCUCGGCGGCGGAGCGUCACAUGGUAGGCCGGCGGCGGCGACGGCGUCAAUGGCGGCAGCGGCCCCGGCCCCGGCAUCAGCCGCCUCGGCCAGCAGCAAGAGCGCCUUCGACGAUCUCAAUGAUAGUAUCCGCAUGGCACUGGGUGGGUCUCCGUCGCGGCCGGCGCCCAUGGUCCAGCAGCAGCAACAGCAGCAGGCUGCGAUGGCCGCGCAACAACAGCCGCUGCAACAACAAAUGCCGCCGGCAGCGGCGGGCGCCGGUAUGUUCGGUAUGAACGAUCCCGCGACCGGACAACCCAUGAUGGCCGGUGCGCCGAUCGUCGGCUACGGUAUCCCUGCCCAAGCCCAAGUCCCCGUGGGGUACGGUUCGCCGGCAAAGCAGCCGAUGCCAGCCGCGGGGCAACCAGUCGGCGCAGCCAACACCGGCAAGGUCCUGACCGGAGAUUUGGACACCAGUCUAGCCAGCCUUGCGCAGAACUUAACCAUCAAUAAGAGCGCGCAGCAGCAAGUCAAAGGAAUGCAGUGGAACUCACCGAAGAAUGCCGCGAAAGCGGGCGGUCCGGCCGGCGGAUGGACACCGCAGCCAAUGGCAGCUACUACUGGCGCCGGAUACCGGCCCAUGGGCCAGGGAAUGACGCAACUGCUACCUACGACCACCACGACUAUAGGUUUCCCCUCGCAGCCCGCGAUGAUGGGUAUGCAAGGUAUGCCGAUGGGCAUGCAGGGUAUGCAGGGUAUGCAGGGUAUGAGGCCGAUGAUGUGUACUAUCCCAGGUGCUUCCGCCGCCGGUGGCGGUAUGAUGGUUGCGGGAGGAGCUGCGCCCAUGAUGGCCAUGCCCGGUGCGAAUCCCAUGAUGGCUGGUCCUAAUUUGCAACAGCAGCAUCCUCAACCUCAGCCCGCUGCAGCGGCUCAGCCACAAGGCAAUGCUGUCCAACUCGAUCCCUUUGGUGCUCUGUGAAGGGAUUAGGAUUCCAAAUGGAAUUAAGAAGACGGAGCGAUAUUUUGUAAAUACCGUGUAAUAUGCCUAGAAUGAAAGAAAGCUAAUAUGUCCUGCUUUUUUCUGUUAGGCCCAAUCAAUCUUGGAUCAUUGAUUGUCAGUCGAAUCGUCUCACUACGAAUAGGAUCGGCAAAUUGUAUCAUACUUCCUGUAAUAUGCUCGCCGAGUAUGCAACACGUGUUAUUCCGAUACAGCGUCCUUCCCACGAGCAUUGACAAAAGUUAAAUUGUUGUUUAAGUGAAUAUCCGUCUACCUUCUUUUAUGUAAAAAGGAACAAACUGAGUCUGAAUUAACUUCGAUCAAUGCUCGCGGGAACCACGCGUUGACAGGGCGCUUUUCUCCGCCUUGACGCCCGUAGCCGGGCAUAAUUAUGUAGCUUAGAUGCGAGUUGUUUGAACGCGAAUGGCGUUUAGAAUGACACGAACAUGUGCUGAAUUUUCCUGGUGAGGAUUAACUGUGAUAGUAUUGCGCCGUGUGCCGCGCUGAACAGUUUUUCUUCGUUGGUACGUCGAGUAAGCCUAUUGUCAAAGAUGCAUUUUCUAAGUUCGAUGGAAGAUUUCCAUAAUUAUGUAGCGAUAUUUAGGUAGUUUUUACGUUGGGGAGAGAGAUAUUGUAUAUCGGUAGUAUAUCGAUAGUAAGGUCGGUUAAGAGCGCGUUGUCGAAUACGGUGAAGAUACUUGUGGUUCGUAAUGGUUCUAAACGUAUUCGCGUUAAAUUAUAUACACGUAGCUGACGGUUGCACAUACCAAUGUCCGCGUUAAACGUUAAAAAAGCCGAUUAGGCGCAAGAUCGAAACAAAUCGAAAUAGUAAUUUGCAUUGGGCAUAUCCUCUUAUUUGUAAUAUACUUAUAUAUAAUAUAUAUUAUAUAUUAUAUAUAUUUACUGAACAAUAUAUAUAUAUAUGUUCUGUAAAUGUACGGAUAUAUGGUACGGGAUAAUGCAAGGAAGAGAGAGAGAAAAAGAGUUUUGAGGCAAUUAUUUCGUCGAAGUAUUAAAUAUUAAAAAUGCGAUAAAGAUAUACAAUAAAGUAUCACACAAUAUAUAUAUAUACAUAUAUGUAUAUACAUAUAGGAAGAACAAUGAAACGAAUAGGUGGACUCAUUAAAUGUUCUUUAUCUGUAUACUGUUCGUGGAUAUCUUAAUUAGAUAGAUAACGAAGUAUGUUAAACGAGUUAAGGCCAGAACGCUGACGCCAGAACACUACUACGAAUACAACGUGAAUCAACGUGAUUCAAGCACGGUACUAUCGAUGCAGUCAAUACCCUGUUGCGGGCGCUCCGUUUUGGGAUUUUGUCGGUACACCCUCGCUUCCCGUCAAAUUAUAAAUGUCGUUGUAACCAGAAGAUGAAACUCUAUCGAUAUAUAGCGUAUAUAUUGUAUAAUCGAUCGAUAAUUUAAUCCGCGGUUGCUCGAAUCUAGAUCUGGGCCGAAAGACGAAGGGAAAGGGGCGGGGCAAGGAAAAAUUAGAAUCCACGUAGCUACGCUAGUGUACGCAGCGUGCGCAGUGCUAGUCGACAAAAGCUCGUAGUAAGAGAUUGUAACGAGAUACGAUUCUCACGAGCGAUUGACCAAAUUAUAUGAUAGAUGACUUUUGGUUCUCCCAUUAGGGCGAUUUUUUUCUCGUUUGGCCUCGCACACAUCAUCGGAUAGUGCUUAUCGGUCGCGAAUUAUUACAUGUAUAGGCUCUCGCCUAUAGUAUUGUCUGCGUUUUCUUUCCCGUUCGGUUUUUUCCUAUUUAUUGUCUUUAACGCUUCGUCUCGCGAGAGAGGAUUGAUAAGGUCGAUUUUUCCAAUGUCGACUGGCUCAGUUCGGGAUUUUCAAUAUUUCUUCUUAGAUUGUAAUAUGUUACAAUUUGUUGAUAUAAGUAACGAAAAAAGAUAUGAUCAGCUAGUCGACAUUGGCGAAACCGGUCCCUCGAGGGAUCGGUGUAGCUAAAAUUGUAGAUACUGAGUUUUUAUAUGAAUCAUGAUUUACGUGAAUAUUUUCUAUUGCUCUUAGCGGUUUGUUUUAAGAGUAUACCCAAUCAAUCAUUUUCAUUCUCUUCAUCGCGAUAUCUUCAAUUCCGCCAGCGCGUACGUAUAUCGAUGAGUAUAAAUACAUGUAUACACACUGAUAGGCUAGUUGAGAGGAAAGUUUUCCGAGUGGUCGAAGGGAAUGAAUAUAUUUCUGUAAAACGGGCUUGUCGAAAGUGAGAAAAAAGUUAAUAGCAUCACUCGGGCGGAUGCAGAUGCGAGGCGGAGGAAGCGGCCAGAUAUAUCCUCGGGCUUGGUAUCAACGAAUCGCUUCCCUUCCUUAAUCGAUGUACAUUUCCGUUUUUCGUUCGUUCGCUCUCUCGAUUGAUUUCACACUUCGCGUAGUCGGGACGUAUUUUUGUAUAAUAUAAUGUGAACGUAUAGGAUCUUCUCUGAGCGUAACCGGCCGCCGCGGGGACAGUUAGUUGUUAGUCUGUAAAAAUCGGUAGCUACGAGUCGAGCUUCGACCGCAGAGAUCGCGCGAGUUCUUCAAGGGCCGUCGGUAGAUCUAGAACGAUGACGCGAGUCUACGCGAGAUUAACGUUAAUAAUAAUCUUAAUCUUAAAGUUAAUAUUAAUGUUAAUGUCAUUAAAUAAUAUUAGAUAAUGUUAUUGAUAUAUUAUUACUAAUUAUUUAUCGAGUAAGAAAAAUUCGUGCAGUUUUGCCACAGAUAUGUCUAGAAGAAUUCUAUUUUCUAGCGGUAGUAGAAUCGACAACACUUCUAGAAAAUAUACGCAUUCCACUUUCGAUGUGCGCUGGUUUGAAAAAUCUUACUAUUUUAUUUCUGAACAAAUGCAUGAUUUUCUUUGGUCACCUCGUAUGGUCAUUUGCAUGUCAAAUUAAAAGCAUAUUCGCAAGCUUCUUUUGCGCUUCACGAUAUUGCUUCGUAUGAUCGACAUCGUGCCUAAAGCUACCGACGGCCGAGCGCAACAGGACAAUAUUACGUAUAUAUUAUUAUCGUAUAUAGGAAGGUGUGAGACGCGAUAAUCCAACUGUAUUCUAUCUCUUUCGCUGUACACUAGGAAGAUAUUCUUGUCGCAACUUCUUACCGGCCCGUAUAGUUUAGGUAAAGCCUCCCGGCCGCGUAAGGAUACACACUGUACAUUGUACACUGUAUAUUAUUAAUAUUUAUGGAAGGAAUUAUUUAUCGAAAGUAAAAUGGCCGACCGGACCGACCAGCUAGUACCCCGGGAAUGAGAGAGAGAGAGAGAGAGAGAGGUAGAGAAAAUGAAAAAUCGACACCACAUCGUAAUUUUUUUAUUGCAACCUAAUAGAAAUGCCUUGUUGUUGCUCCAAGAACGGCUUGUCGCGCUUCUCGUUUUCUUCUUGGCGAAAGAAACUGAGAGAGAGAAAGUAAGUUUAGAGUUGCCGAGAAAGGACUUUACUGUUAUUUAGUUUUAACGUAAUUCCAUUUAUGCUCUUGCAUGUUUAUAUAUAUAUAUAUACAUAUACAUAUGUAUAUAUAUGUGUAAAGAAAGGAGAAGGAGAGAGAAAGGUUAUCACAAUCAUGAAGCGAUAGUGAUUUUGAUUCAGAACACGAGAAUUAUUAUUUCGAGACACUCGUGCACGCGCGCAUGCGAUAAUUUGCAAAGUCGAGCGAGUGUUUCGAAAAUUAAUUUGUAAAGUCAUAUACAUUUAUAUUUAUUUUAUAAAUCCAUAAUUCGCACAAUCCUCUGUAAUGUAAUAUACAAGUUACCAAAUUCGUUACUUGCCUUGUUCUUUCUCCUUUCUCUCUCUCUAUCUCUUUCACUGGUUUUCCUUUUUGUCAUACUUUUUUUAUUAUAUUUUUUAAUAAAUCUGUCAAGCUUUUAGAACAUUUGUAAUUUGACAAUUGUAAUUUUGUGUGAGUAAUUAUAAAUAGAAAACUAUUGUCCGGACCUCUCUAUUUACGCUGCAAAUUGAGUGGCGAGUUGAAACCUGAAACGUUUAACAGAAACGCAGCGAGCGCAAACGUUCGUCGUCGAAGCGAAAAAUCGUUUGCGAUGUAACGAUAUUACGUGAUAUACGUGUGCGUAUACAGCGUGAUAUAUUAUUAUUGUCGGUUAUUACUCGACGCCGAUUAUCAGUAGUGGCGUUUGCACGACGAUCCGCCGCCGUUAAUACAAUUUUAAUAACAGGGCAGAACGAUCUGGGAUCGUGUGAGCGCGCAAUGACGAGCCGACAAUGCCUUCUCGUUGUACAAAUGUCGAGGAAAUGAAAGGAAACCGUAAACCGCGAUCGUGGUGUCAGAGUAUCUCUUUGGCGGCGUAUAUAGCUUUAUAAGAUAUGAACACAAAUCAGCAUAGUCUUCGCUGUAAUAGGGAAAAAAUGAAAUGAAAGAAUAUAUGUAGAGAUCCAUAGAUAGUGCAAAGAAGAUUAUGUAUAUAUAUGUGGCAUAUGUGUGCUACACACACACACACACACGUGCGCGCGUGCGCACUAAAAAUUUAUGCAGUGCGUGUGUGCAGCAUGCAAAGCGUGAUCGAAUGGUGAUUAAAGUCGCGAUUUGGACGAGACUGAAACUAAAUCUAAUGGAUAGUCAGAUAGUUUAAUUAAUAUAAAUUAGCGGCUAAUAGUAUAAUUCAAAAUUUAUUAUAUUAUUUGUUUCUUGGAAUAAAUUAUAUACGUGUAUAUUUCAUGUAUAGAAUCAUGAGACGUCUUAGGUGAAUUAAUCCUCGAAGGGUUGGACAGAAUAAAUAACGAAAUCUUAAUUUUUCCUUAAUUCUAUCUUAACAGAAAAUUUAAUUAGAUUCUGAAUUCAGAGAGUAAAAAUCUUUUAAAUGUACUUGUUCAAUCUAGAGACUCGUUCGUAUUCAAAUUCUGAAAUAACAUCCCAUGAUUCCGAAAAAAUCGAGCAGUAACAAAGAUGCAAUCACUGCUGCCUUGUUAUUCGUAUUAUAGUAUUAUUCCUAAUGCAUGCAUAUUAAUUUUUCGUGACAUAAUUGUCCCGCAAGCGGAUUAAUUAGAGGAAAAAUAUGUCUCUUCGGCGUUGUCUGCGGAGACAUGGCAUUGAAACAUUUGUCCCAUUAUUGUCUCGUCCGAGUUGGAUGACUGUAGUCGUCAUGUGGCCGCCUGCUUUCACGUUCGACCACGCAAAUACGUGCUUGGCGAUGAUCAAGAGCAAGCGCGAAAUAUAUCAUUAUUCUGCGUUCAAACAAUAACGAAAGGGACCGCUCUACUUUCUAUAGUGUACCCGACGUUUAAGGUAGUUCGCGACGUUAUUGGAUUAGAGAGGUAUAUACGGAAGAGGGACGGUUUUUUGCUUCCGAGCGUUGGAGAGAAAGAGAGAGAGAGAGAGAGAGAGAGAGGGGGGGGUUCAGCUUGAAGAAUCUUUUAUUCCGCUUACUCAUCCCUGCGUGGCAUGUUGUUAAAGGAAACCGGCGGAGGGCAACGAUAAAGAUCGAGAAGCGCACGCUCUGGUUACGCGGAACUUAUUUAUCGGGGAGAAAAACCGAUUUAAUCUCGGAAAAUUUAGAUACCGAUGCUACAUAGUCGCCUGAGAAUGAUCUCCCGUCUUUAUUCGUGCUUAGGGAAACGCAAUGAGACAUACAUUGCGGCAUCGUAACUCGGUUUCUCCCAGAUUACGUCGGUUUUCACUGUUCGCUAUUUAUGCUUGAAGUUGUAUUCGUUAUACGCGCGCUCCGACAGUUUUUAAUUAUUAAGACCGCGCGUUGAGUUAAGUUUGGCAUGUUUCUUUUUUUACUUGCGUGAAGCGCAACGUGUGAAUAGCAUAAAUAACGUUAUGUCGAGUGAACGGGACGUCUUGAGAAUGGCGUGAGUGACACAGCGGAAAGAACACAUUCCAGAAAGCGUUAUUAUCUCCAUUUCGCGGCAAGCACGACUCGGUGCACGUUAUAUAAUUAAUUUUGCGAAUCAAACCUCUAGUAUGCCAUAAUCUCGUUUCGUUCCGUUUUUUUUUACACCCUUCCUCAUCCACCCUCAAGUGCAAAUAAUGCAAACGAUAUCGACGUGUUUAACGUUUGAUGUCUGCGUAUAUAAAGGUAAUAAUCGUUGCUGUAGAUUCUCUCUCGAGAGGUAAUAUACUUAUAUUGAAUUA